UGUGUCACCCACCCAUGUUCAAGCAUCCACUGGGGGGAGGAGUGUCUCCGUGUCCAUACAGAUAAAAGGCGUAUAAAUAAAAAAAAUAGCGUAGGGAAGGAGAAUAGGAAUCCUGUCCCCUCCUCCUCGGCUCCUUGUACUGCGCACUUUUUUUGCGCAUUCGGUGCACAUUUUCUGUCGCCGCAGAAUCUGGGGAAGAACACCGCAAUUUUUUUGGAUGAUUAUUUUUUUCCCUUUCUUUGAAGACGCCGUAAGAGGAAUAACCCGCAUGCAACACCGGGACGUAAUAUCGGACCUACACAUGGAGUGUUGAGCAAAAAGGAGGAUUUUGUGUGUCGUUUGGUUUGGGGGCUUAAUAUCAGCUGCAGGGCUCCCACCACUAGUGGGGUGUUACAUAACCGAGUGGCUUUAGCUGUCCGAGGUGCUGAAAGCGCACGGUGGUUGCCGAAAACCGGACAAGCCGUGAAAAAUUCACGCAAGAAGAAGGUCAAAGGCCUGUUUGCUGCAGAAGCACCCGGGAAGCUGCGGUGGGCGAUCUCUAGAUUGAUUGUUUCUCCUGCGGUGAAGAAUUCCAUAGGGGGUCCAAAUGUCCGGGCAGACGCUCACGGACCGCAUCGCCGCGGCCCAAUAUCAGCUAACGGGCUCAGACAUGGCCCGGGCCGUGUGCAAGGCCACCACUCAUGAAGUGAUGGCGCCCAAGAAGAAGCACCUGGACUACCUGGUGUCGGCCACCAACACCACCAACGUCAACAUCCCCCAGAUGGCCGACACGCUGUUCGAGCGGGCCACCAACGCCAGCUGGGUGGUGGUCUUCAAGGCCCUCGUCACCACCCACCACAUGUGUGUGCACGGGAAUGAGAGGUUCAUCCAGUAUUUGGCCUCCAGGACCUCCCUGUUCAACCUCAGCAACUUCAUCGACAAAACUGGCUCUCAUGGCUACGACAUGUCUACAUUCAUCAGACGGUACGGGCGAUACCUGAAUGAGAAAGCCUUCGCCUACCGCCAGAUGGCGUUUGACUUCACCAGAGUCAAGAAAGGGGCUGAGGGCGUGAUGAGGACCAUGACCACAGAGAAGCUCCUGAAGGGCAUGCCUGUCCUGCAGACUCAGAUCGACACGCUCCUGGAGUUUGACGUUCACCCCAAGGAGCUGAACAACGGGAUCAUCAACGCUGCUUUCAUGCUGCUCUUCAAGGACCUGGUCAAACUCUUUGCAUCCUACAAUGAUGGCAUCAUCAACCUUUUAGAGAAAUACUUCAAGAUGAAAAAGAGUGAUUGUAAGGAGGCCUUGGAGAUCUACAAGAGGUUCCUGACCCGAGUGACAAAGAUUGGCGAGUUCAUGAAGCUGGCAGAGACGGUCGGAGUUGACAAAAAUGACAUUCCUGACAUCAACUACGCUCCCAGCAGUAUCCUGGAGUCUCUGGAAACACACAUGAAUGGCCUGGAGGACGUAAAAGGCGGCAAGAAGGGAGAAGGGUCUCCAACCAAGGGGUCUCCCACGAACAACGUGUCUCCAACUUCCACUCCGGCCAAAUCCUCAAACGCCGUCCCCACGCUGCAGCCUCCGCCUGGGGAAAGCGCAGCCGCCGCCGCUCCGGCUGCACCAGAGCCUGCAGAGGAUUCCUUGUUGGACCUGGAUCCUCUCUCCUCCUCUGGCCCCCCAGCAACAUCGGCCGCCCCCACGUCCUGGGGAGAUCUCCUCGGUUCGGAAAUGGGCGACUCCUUGCUAGCCGAGCCCACCCUCGCAGCGGAGGCCGCCCAGUCCCCUACGGGGGGCACCCCCACCCCUGCGGCACCAGAAGCAGGAGUCCCUCUAGCUCCUCCCACUAGCACAGCGGCCGCUUCCUCCCCUGGCGCCACCAAUAUGGAUCUGUUAGGAGACACCUUCGCCACACCUGCUGCCGCCACCGAGGCCUCUGCUGCAGCAGCGGAGGGCGGAGCCGCCGCCGCCGCUGCCGCCGCCCCGGCCACAGCACCAUCCGCCACCACUGGAGCUGAGCCCACCGGAGGGGGAGAUGCCCCCGCAGCUGCCCCCGCCGCUGCCGCCCCUGGAGCGGAACUCAUGUCAGCAUUUGAUGGGCUAGGAGACUUAAUGAAGCCCACCCUGACCCCCCAGGCGGGUGAUGUUGACACCUCCAUGGCUAACAUGGCAAGUAAUCUGACGAUGGGAACCCCAGCGGCCCCUCAGGUAGCUCCCCCCAGUUGGGGUGCCCCCAUGCCCGGGGCACCGGGCGUUGGAGCUCCCAUGAUGCCUAGUAUGGUUAGGCCGGGCUUCCCCGCCACCGGUGUCACCCCGGGCAGCCCGAUGUCUCCUGGAGUGGCCCAGAGCCCCAGAAAGCCUCCUCCACCGAGGAACGCUCUGGAUGACCUCAACAUCAAGGACUUCAUGUAGACCCCACAAAGACCUUCAAGGUUGGAUUAUUAUCAUAUCUGGAGCUCUGUGGAUGUCUGCACUUCCCCACUGCCGCCUCCCUCGCCCACCCGGACCACCACCUCAACGACCCCCUGCUCCCCUCUAGAGGCCGCAACCCCUCACAAACUCCCCCCCUGCCCUUCAUGAUGUACUGUUGUAGCACAACUGUGAAUGUGAACCCUAGAUACAGAAAGACUUGUGCGUGUGUGUGUGUGUGAGUGUAAAUCAGUGUUAAACUUUACUUAAUAUAUACAAAGAGGGGAGAAAAAAAAAGUUAAAAAAAAAUGAAUGUGUAUUUAGAUUCAUUCUGGACUUCCGCAUACAAGCUGACUUGGAAUGGUAUGGUGGUUUCUUUGUGCAUCUGGCAGACGAGGACUGUGUUGUUAAUUAAAUGUGGAUUGUGUUUCAGUGUGUGUAACUUCACUGGCCAACCCCCCCCCCUUUACUCCUUUAACCUCUAACUUCCUGGUUCCAACUAAUACUGAGCUAUCCUCGUUGUCCCAACUAAUACUGAGCGAUGUUUGUGUCAUGGUUGUACCUCCAAUAUGUCCGCUUUGCCCUCCAUGCUCAUAACCGAUAUCAACAAUACAUGCAAACACGACGUUAUCCACUGUGUUCACCUUCUUUUUCAUCGUUCUCAAAUCGACAUAUGCAUUCAAGACUAUUUUGAUGAUAUAUUUUACAUAUUUUAUUCAUUUUGAUGAUCAGAAAUAUCAUAUAUUUUAGUUACAUAUCAAAAAGGAGCAUGAUUUUGGAUUAAAAAAACCUGUCAGUCUAGUAGAGUAUUGAACAAAACGUUGCUCUGUGGUGUUCUCUGCUGGUGUGGAGUGCAUGACGACUGGUCCCGCCUUCUUUUGUUUUUCCGAACAGGCUCAAUGAGACAUGCUAGCAUGUGAUUAAACCGUGAUUGAACGCCGUGCGGUACAUUUGCUCACUGGGAAGACUCACUGUAAAGCACUCAAAGUAUACGUACGCUGGAUGUUCUUCUGUGUUGUUUAUUUCGAAACAAGUGACUGUAUCUUAAUCUCCUUGUGGCAUUUUAUGUGUUGAGAAAGGAAAAUAAAGACGACAAUGACAUUUACAUACAAAAGAGAAUGCGGAUAGAUGUUUGCUCAGUCAUUUUCUGGGGAUGGCCACCCCGCUCCCUUUCCUUCUUCCCUGUCCAACCUGCAUGUGAGUCCCCCCAUAUGAGAUGCAAUAAAAUACAAAUACACUGACCCAAACCA